UUCAGGUUCACAUGGUGCAGGAUCCAAGAUUGAAACAGAAACACCUAUUAUUGCAUGGGGUGCUGGAAUUAAAAAACCAGUGAUGUCUAAUAUCAGUGAAAGUUCAACUCCUGAUAAUUGGAAGUUGGCCCAUCUAUGUAGAAAUGACGUAAACCAAGUAGACAUAGCAGUCUUAAUGUCAAUUUUGUUAGGAGUUACAAUACCAGUCCAUUCGGUUGGCACUCUUCCUUUGAAUUUCCUCGCCUUUUCUGAAAAAGAUAGAGCUAAAGCAUAUGUUCUAAAUGCAAGACAACUAAUUACUCAGUUAAAAGCAAAAGAAUACAAAGUGAAAAGUCACUUGGCUAACUGUCUUUUUCAUCCAUACUCAGAUAUUAGUUUUAUGAACUAUGAAGACAUUUUAGUGAAUAUAGAAGAAGCUAUAAACAAUUCUGAUUUUAGAGCAGCUGAGAAUUUAACACACCAGCUCAUAAUGACAUCACUGGCUGGUCUGGACUACUAUAAUACUUAUUUCCAAAACUUUCUGCUCACUUGUACCGUAUUAUCAUUCCUAGGGCUAGGUACCAUAUUAGUUGCAGAAAUUAUAGUUUGCAACUGCAGGAACACAGUUUAUGAAUUUGAACGAGAAUUAUCUGUUACAAAGAGAGAAAUUUUUAAAACGAUUUAUUCAUUUCUCUUUUCAUCCAUUUUUGCAUUAGGAUACGUUGAUGCUCUACCACACCGUUACAUGAUUUAUCCCCUUAUUCCUAUAACUUUGUGUUACUGGAUAAUUUUGAAAUAUUCCUGGAUCUUAAAAGGUUUUUAUUUAUUUAAUCGUUCAACGGCUAUCAAAAUAGUAUUAUACGGAUUGGGUUCACAAUUGAUUAUCCUAUCAUUUCACCAAAAAUGGAUAAUAUCAUUAACCUUGAUUGGUUUUUGUUUCUGGCCUGGUCUGGGUUUCUCACCUGUAAUAGACAGUAAACAUGCAGUUGCUCCAAGAAAAUUCCGAUUAUUUUGGUGUUUUAGUUGUGUUGGAUUAUCAAUUUUCCCGUUAUUGCCUAUUAUAGUUGGAGAAGAAGAAGUUAUUUUUAAAAUAUUUACAGGUUUUGCAUGGAUUAUUGUUGAGUUAAUAAUAUUUAAUUGUAACUACCUCAAAUAUCUUAGACUCACAUUCAAUUUAGUAUCCUUGGUACAAUUUGUUUUAACACCUUUGAUACUUUGGAAUAUUUAUACAAUUUCAAGUAGUUUCAAGAACGGAGAAGGUUUACACAUUAUUAAUCAGUGCACAUCAUGUUCUUUAUUAUUAUUUUUUCUGUACCUAAUGUAUUACGGACCUAAAAGAGUGAUGUCUCGAUUUAAUACCUUAAGUUGUUCUGUGGGCUUAACAUUUCUGAUGUUUUCUUCAUCAUAUGAAGCCAUCUUUCCUUUGUUACUGGCUGCCAAUCUUAUAUGUUGGAUAUUGUUUGAACGAAUGGUUGAUAUAAGGUAUUCUACAUGGCCUGCAAGUGUAAUAAUUUGUGAUGAAAUUGGUUUGUUCAGUCAUGACUUCAGGAGAAGUUUCUUCUUUGUUUUUUAUAUAAUAUUAACAUUUUUUGGAAUUGGAAAUGUGGCUUCUUUAAACAGCUUUGACAUGGUUUGGGUUCAUUCUUUUGUAAGAUCAUUUUCACCACUUACAAUAAUGUCAUUAAUGAUGGUAAAGAUUCUUUUACCUUGCAUUUUGGUCACAUCUGCUUUUCGCUCUGUCUGCUAUGUUACAAAUACAAAUUCAAAAGUACUGUUUAUGAUAGCACUUUUAAUAUGUGACUUUAUGGCUGUUCAAUUUUUGUUAAGUGUUACAAAUAGAGGGAGUACUCUUGAAAUUGAAAAAUCGAUUUCCCAUUUUGUUAUCAUGCAAUCAAUUUCUAUAUUUCUUUUCAUAUUGAAUAGUUUUACCAAAUAUAUAACAUCUUCAAGAACAACAUCCUUUAUGGACUGCGACAAUGUAUUAAGAAAAUGGCAUGAGGCUUGAUGUACUUAAUCAUGUUGUAAUUUAAUAAUGUAGUAAUUUAAUUUUCUAGUAUACUUAAAAAAAAUGUUUAACUUUAUUCUUGAUUUUUUUAUUUCUUAAAUUACAUUCCAUGAUGUUAAAAACUUAAAUAUAUGUUUCAUUUUACUAAAGCUGUGAAAACUUUAUAAUCAAUUGUAUUUUUGUGAUUAUAUUUUCUACAAAUUAUGUUAUAUAUAAUGUGCCUAUUUGUGUUUUUAUAAUGUUCAAGGUUAUUAUAAUAAAUAUUCUCAUAAUAAUGAAGUGAUUAAAAAAAAAUGUAAUCUGAUUUGUUUUUAUAAGAAUUUUUUGCAUAGUUUGCAAUAAUCUUGUUAAUGUGUUAUUUAAAGUCCUAUAAAACUAGGACUGAUAAGGGCCAAGAGAGGAAAGUUUUAGUCAUAAAUUUUUGGUAGCUGAACAGGAAUCUGUGAUUUGCUGACAGAAAUAUAUAUUUGUUUGCAA